AUGGCCCCCAAGUCUUUCCAGGAGUCUGAAGAGGAGCAGGUGCCCCUGGCCCCAGCAGGUGGAGAGCCAACCAGCCAUGACUUGGGGUCUCCCGUUGGCACACCUAAGGACGCCAAGCCCCAUUGUACACCAGUGGUCUCUUUCAACCUGAAGUUGGCCCCUGAGUCCCUUGAUCCCCGCACCCUGCGUCUGCUGUGGGAACAGAGAGAACUGGAGAUCCAGGCAUUACGGUGGGCCAUCCAGAAUGGUCAGAAUGCCCGGCAGUGCCACAUCCUGCAGGAGGUGGCAGGGAUUCCCCCAGAGAGGAGCUCCUGCAGUCAGGAUAAGUUCCUGCAGAACCAGGUCCAGAAGCUGACCCUGGAGCUGAAAGCACAGAAGGAACUAGCCCAGCUGGAGAAGGAGCAGUUGGAGAAUCGGCUGACACAGACCCUUCACACGCUGCAGCAGCUGGAGGCUGAGCUGCAGACCUUCCAAAAGUCAUGCCUCCUGCAACUGGCCUGCUCCUCUUGGGUGGACCACAUAGUGCGGUCACAGACUGGCAGUGUGGAGGUGGUCACUGCAGAGACUCUAAUGGACCCCAGCGACUUAUCUGAUAAUGAUCAGGCUCCCUCUGCUGGGGAGGGUUUCCGGCUGGAGGAUGUGGAUUGGAACAGCAUUGCCCACUGGUAUCCCAGUCUCUUCACCAGCAUCAAUUUCAACUCCCAGCAAAAGGGGCUCCAGUCUCAUCCUUCCCCACCAUUGGACACAUGGGACUCGGAUUCCCCUGGCAAGCAUCGGAAGAAGCCUGGCAAGAGGCUGCAGUGGAGGUCCCUGCCCUGGGUGGCCACCAGCAGUUCGGGGUAUGCUGGCUCUGACUCCAGCAGCUGCCAGCUGGUCCUACACUCUCAAGUGCAAAAGGUGACAGAGUACCCGCCACAGGUGACAGGCUUGACUUCUGCCGAGCAGAUCCAGACAUGCUCUAGGAGCUUCAGCAAAGACACAGAAGGUCGAGGCUGGCCUGCCUUGCAGGGGACAUCCCCAUUGGACCCUCCAUGUGGGGCCUCCAUCCCCAAAGAGCUCCUUUCUCUAGAUCUCCAGAAAAUCCACAAACACCCUCCCAGCAAGACGGCUCUGGAGCCCCAGACAGACCCUGGCCAACGGUAUCCAGGGCACCAGUUGAGCUGCUGCCUGAAGAUCGCGGCAGUGAACCGCCGGGAGAAGUUCAUCCGCAUCCUCAACCAGUCUUCGGAGCAGACGGUCGACCUGGGCGGUUUCGUGCUGCAGCAGGUCGUGCGCAGCUUCCCGGUGUGCAUGUACCGCUUCCCGCCUAGCACCCUGCUCCCGCCGGGGCACCACAUCACGGUGUGGGGCGAGGGAACCAGCAGCACCAAAAAGCAGCGGCGGCCGGUGUCCUUGCGCCAGGACCCCUUCCACAUCCACUUCAGCCAGGGCUGUGUGACGCUGCUCCUGAACCCUGAGGGCCAAGUACUCAGUGAGUACCAAAGUCCACAUCGUGUGACCCCUGCCUCCAAGACAUAUGCUGACAACACCGACUGGUCCAUUGACCGUUUCCCGCUCUCAGAGACCCGGCCUGGAGCGAACGCCAAGGAGCAGCCGCGCCAGCCUCAACCGCCACGCAAGGGCCGAGCGCGGGAGGCCAGAGCUGGACGCCGAAAGUUGGGCCCUACCUCCAGCGGGACCACAGCCCUGCCCAGUACUCCUCAGCAUCAGGCCGGCUCGCGCCCCGAAUUGUUCAAGAUGCCCCUCAGCCCCUCCACGUUCCCAGGCGCCGUCCCUGCCAGGAACACCUCUCGCAGGCGCGCUGUGGCCCUCAUGACCCCUCACCCCGUCAGGACGCGGGGCAUCUUGCAGCGCCAAAGCACCCGCAAGCCUUUCCACCCCGGAGAGGUUCCAGCGCAGCCGGAAGGCGCCAAGACCGAGAAGCCGCAGCUCCUGCCUGCCAUUCCGGAGGCUGGGCUGUGCCUUGAGGACUGCCCCGCAAGGAGGGAGUGCAAAGUCCGGGUGUGCCGGAAAACCGUGGACCGAAGCUGCCCCAUGGUGGCCCUGUCAGUGCAGAACACAGCGGAGAGCAGAUUCGGCUUCCGCUUUCUCAGCUGCCCACCCAUCACCGUGGAUGUGUCCCGGCGGGCGUAA